AUGGGUGUGUGCAGGGUGAAUAUAGUAUCUACUACAAGAGGCCUCGAUGUGGCCAACCCCGACCGCAACCAUUUCAACGCGAGACCGCCCCAUGUUGUGGAGGACCAAGCAAUAUUCCACGCACAAGACCAUGCUGUUACGACUUUCCUUGUAAGGCGGACUGCUUUAAUCACGGCGCAUGUACGAGACCCAGCGGCAGAUACGCACGCACGGUGUGGUAUCCAGGCGAAUGUUGCCCUUGGCUUCGGGCGUUACACGCUUUUGGCUGCUGCAUGCGCCUGUGUUGUAACUCUUCUACAUUAUACAUUGCGCAGCGUCAACGUGUUGAGAGUUGAAACGUUACGCACGGCAGUCAUAGAAAAAUUUUCAGCCACUAAUGUGUACCACAACAUGUCUAUUUUCUGGGCAUCCUUAUUUGUGACAUUAUUUGGCAAUCUCCAAGCGCGACAAACAAAUACGGACGACAACAGGUUGCACGUGAUCACUGGUGCACUGAAUUCGGGCAAAUCCGAUCACCGUGGUCCAUUUUUGGGGACCAAUCGAAUUUAUAAGGAAAAUGAUUACGAUGAUUAUAGCAGCGGGUUCGCCGAGCCGAGCGCGUCAUCGCAGUCUUGGUAUACCGCCCCGCCGCACACCCAUGCGAAAACGCCGAUCAAAGUCUACAAGCCAAGAGAAGAUCCGCGCUUGUUCUACCAGUCUGAUGACUAUCUUAAGGAAAUUAAUAGCCAGAAUAUAAAUUACGAGGUGGCUUCAAUUUAUCCAGGAAGAGAAGUCGUUCGAUUUGGCGAGGUUGAUGCCGAUGUGUUGGCAGCACCAUCCAUUCGACGCCUAAGAAGCCGUGAUGACAAUCGUAUCGAUUUACAAGAAUCCCAGCAUUGUGUAAAAUGUCCCCGUGACAGGACAGUUCUUGCCAAAGCUGGAUCCGAUCGUGUCAUGUUACAAAGCCCUCGCCUGUCGCUAUGUUCCGGACGUAAGACUCCGAAAAGCUUUCAUUUCGGAAGUUUGGACGGUCCUAAAAUUGGUUCGUUACUCGAAGAAGGCACUUACACGAUAAUUGGACGAAUUAUGCACUGGAAUGAGAAUCUACAAAUAUGUAAAUUUAACGUUCACGUCGUCACCCAACGAUGCCGUACACCGAAGUCUGGAAUGGAAACCUUCCGGCGUGUAGAGUUCGCCAUUGGUGCAAGCGACCAUCGCCCCCAGACCACGGGCGAAUUAGCUGCGUGGGAAAUUCGACCGGAGAGAUGUCAGAAGGAUUGGCUGAAGGCUCAAGAUGCCGAGUCCGUUGUUCACUUGGCUUCCGGUCUAACCCACGAAUUGUGGCCUUCUGUCACCGUGGCACUUGGAGCCGUUCAU